CUAUUUAACAGACCCCAGUUAGUCCAUUACCUUCAAAUCAAUAACUUUGGCAUUUCAAAACCCUCGAGAUCAGAAACAACAAUCUCCUGUUUCUUCUUCAUCCUCAUUCCAAUACAGAGAAAAUGAUCAGCCCGAAGCGCUUGGUCAAGAUUGCGAGAAAAUGGCAGAGAGUAGCUGCCAUGAGAAGGAAAAGGAUCUCAUUUCCACGACUUGAUGGAGACGAGGAAGUGAUAGCUCAUAGAGGACAUUUCAUUGUCUACUCGAUCGAUGGAAAGCGAUUCAUGUUUCCAAUUAGGUACUUGAACAACUGCGUUAUUCGAGAGCUGCUCCAAUUAUCUGAGGACGAGUUCGGGCUGCCAAGCAGCGGACCCAUCACUUUGCCGUGCGAUGCCAUGUUCAUGGACUACAUGGUUUCACUGAUCCAGCGGCGUGCCAAUGCAGAAAUCGAGAAGGCUCUCCUCAUGUCUAUUACGGCCAACACAUGCUCACUCUCUCAUUCUCUCCAGCAGAAUCAAACUGGACAACAAUUGCUAGUGUGCAGUCAUUGAAGCUUUGUAUUUUUGUUUUUGCCAUUCUUGUAUCGAGCCUUUUAGGAUGUACAUAAUGAUAGAAGUGCAUGAAAAUUGCAGUUCAUAAUUUGUAGUUCAACAGAUUCCAAUGAAAACAGAUCCUUCACUCCUAUGAUUAGAGCACUU